GGACAUUGUAUCUUUAAUAUGAUAAUGAAAUUGAAGUUGUGGCCUUGAAAAGUGACAGGAUUGUCUGUCUCACAUAUGUGUUCUUUCUGAAAGUGUUCGACUGCUUCCGUUAAUAAAUAUUAAUUAAUAGUAUAUUUACAGGUCCAUUUAUUUAUUAAUUACUCAACCUUCGGGAAGAUUUGUCAUUCCACACAUUUCAAAAUAUUGAAUAAUGUUCGAAGUAUUUGGUGGAUCAUUCAUCAGAAUGAGUGUUAAGUUCAUUUAUCGAGAACCUGUAAGAUUGAUGGGAAGCCUAAACAAAGUUGUUUAUCCAUGGAUGAAUAAAAAAAAGCCAUUUUGGGUGACUCAAGAGGCCAGUCCUUAUGUAGAUGAAGACGUUACGCCAGAAAACAAGAAAUUUUUAGAACAGCAGCGUUUAGAUCCAUUAUCUAGUUCUAAAAGCCCUAUCAUUACCGAACAAUGGACACAAGUACCUUGGACACCCUAUGUUACUCAAAGAUGCGGUCUUAUUGCAAUCAAGUUAGGAGUAUACCCACUAUGGACUAAAACUGGAAAGAAAAUGGACUGUACCAUUUUUCAGAUCCCAGACAAUCAUGCUAUUCGUUAUACACCUCCUUCAGAGAUCGACAAAUACAUCAGCCUACUACAUCCGCGUCAUUAUUGGUUAAAUAAUAAACGGCCUCCUUCCUGGAUAACUCAAAAACGUUGGGGUAUACAAUUGGUUGGAGCAUUUUCUGCUGACCCUAUCGAGUUCACUUCUGAGUGGUGUGGUUUAUUUAAAGAAGCUGGUAUACCACCGAAGCGUAAAAUAUCUCGUUUUUUGGUCAGCCCAGAUGCUGCUUUAAAACCUGGAACACCUUUGAGUGUGAAUCAUUUUCGUGUGGGUGAUUAUUUGGAUAUAACUGCAAGAACCAUUAAUCGUGGCUUUGAAGGUGUUAUUGAACGUUGGGGAAUGAAAGGUGGACCUGCUGCUCAUGGUUCUACUAAAUUUCAUCGUAGAAUGGGAAGUGCUGCAGGACGUGGAGGACCAAUCGUGCGAGGCAAACGUAUGGCAGGUGUUAUGGGUAAUCGAUUCAGAAGCUUACGUGGUGUAAUGAUUCAAAUUCACAUCCCUCCCAAUUUUAGAUUUAUCAAUAUACACGAUUUUACUACACUUUACACCGGGUAAAAUCUACCAUAUACUGAGCAAACAUGUAUGUCUGAUUAUUGUGUAUUUGUGAACACCUUGAUGCAUAUCACUGUUUAUAUCAUCUAGCUGUAUACGCCAUAAAAAUGUCCUAAAUACGUCUGAUUUUUUCCAGUACAAUUUGUCUAGUCUUAGUAGUAAAUAAUAUCUAACAGUGAAAACGGUUUUGCCUUUUUUUCUUCUGAUUUUAUAAAAUUUUAAAUCUCAAUAAUCAAGCAAUCCAGUUACUUUGAAAAUAAUGUGCUUUAAUAUUUCACUGUGAAUUAUGGUUUUAUGAAUCUACAGAAAUGGUGUGGGGCUUAGCGAAUAAUCACAGGAAGAAUGCAAUUAACAACGAGUUCUAUCACCCGAUAGAUGUUAGAAUUCAUUGUUUAUGUGAACUAAAUACUUGAGCCUACCGUCUGGUUUUUUCGGUGAGGUCUUUAUAUUGAUUAGUAGAGACACCAGGUUCUGAGUUUGAGUUCUGUUCAUGGCUACCUCACCUUAAGCAGCUAAGUAGUGUCAUUAUAGAGCUAAUCUGUUUGCCAUUGGUCGAGAAUACAUGCCGUUUAUGUGAUCGAUAAUGAUCUAUAAUACUUGCUAAAUAUAAUCUCUUUGGCUCGAGGCUGUUCAAUCGGUUUCUAUAUUCACUCCCAUCUGUGAGUGGGUUUACAACACAGUUUCAUAACCCCAUAGUUAAUAAAUUUUGAGUGAAAUUGCCCAAACUUUAACGUAAAAGUAAUGAAAGAACUAUUUCAAAUAUAAAAAAGAUGAUCAAGUAGUUUUUAAGAGCACAAAUGCAAACAAAUAACUCAGAUUCCAAUUAAAUGGGAAGUUUACAUUCUUACAUAAACUAUGACCUAAUGCUUUUAUUGUUCUCAUUCUAUUGAACUCGUUAAGAGACAGUCUCUCAUAUUUUUUUAUAUUCCCAUAUAUUUGUUCUCUCUAGAUUGUGAGGAUUAAUCCAAAACUUGGACUUAUAUAUGUACCAGGUACAACACCAGGGCCCGUCCAUUCCUACUGUCUUUUGAACGAUUCCUGGUUAAGAAAUCGUCGACGUCAAUUAAACGAUAAUCCACCACCAGUCCCAACUUAUUUUCCUUCUUCUAUCGUAGAUGAAACUAGUUCAAGUCAACUCGACCCUAGCUUGUGCCUUGAUUUUGAUGAUGAUUUUGAGCAAGAUAUUUACCAUGAAUCAAUACAUCCAAGUUAUAGUCCUUCCAUUUCCUAUUCAGAAGAAUCUAUGUAAAACAUGAUUUCUUUGUUAUAAGAAUGUACAUACAGUAUACCUUCAUAAUUUACCUUUAAGUUUUUCUGCUCAAACUUCACUGAACGGUUAAAGUAUAGUAGAUAUCUUUUUUCCUGCGACUGAAGCAAAUCAUAGAUAUAUUCCCAUUUUCAUCGAA